AUGCAGUGUCUGAGGAAGGUGUCCAGGACUGGAACUUUUAUUCUUCCCUGGAGACGUGAGAUGGUUCAUUCAGUCACCGGAAAACAGGAAGCACCAAGGACCUCCUUCACCCCCAGCCUGUUUCAUAGUUCCCUGUGUUCAAAGCACACACCAGGACCACAGCAGUGGCUCUGGAGGGUGCACAUUAAAGUUCUGUGUCAGACCCUGCGGGAUAUGAGGAGCUUCUUUGUACAGCCACCUCUCGCCUUUCCCCCACCCCAAACCAGGCGGCUUUUUAUGAACAGGGCCCUGAACCAGGGCCCAUGUGUCUUUGAAAACACCUGGAGGUGCAUUGAUGUCUUUUCAGUGUGA